AUGAGUGACAAGGUUUCGAUCAACUUGGACGAAAUUCUGGUCAAGCUUGCUUCCCAGAUAGAAAAAAAUCGCAGUGCUAAGGAACAUGUGGAUCAUCAGAUAAAUUUGUACACUGCAAAAAUCACAGAAAAAAAGAAUGGAAUUGCUUGGUUGGAGGAAAAUAUAAAGAAAGGCAACGAGGCACUCGUUGAUUUGCAAAAGCAGAACGAGAGCAGCAAGAAGCACUGUGAUGCCUGGAAGCCCACCUAUGCAAUUCUUAAAAAGCAUGGAGAAUAUUUGAAAAAUGAAACAAAAGCUUUAGAGGAAGCUACAGAAAAUGAGAGGAAAAUAUAUGAGGAUUCCAUAACCCAGUGUAGAAUGACUUUGGAGGAACAUCGCAAAAAAUAUACAGAAACUGCUCUUGCCCAGAAGUAUUACCAAAAAAAGGAAGAAGUUGAAGAAAUUCAAAAGAGAGUUUUGAAACGCCUUGAAAAAUACAAAUGGAAAGAAGAUGCUUGCUUGGAUAUUCUAGAGGCUGUUUCUUUUACAACCAUAAAUGAUUGGGCUGUACACAUUGCCUCUAUGAGGAAAAAAACACAGGAAACCUUGCAGCUUGCUGAAGCUGCUGCACAGGAAACCAUCAAACUGGAAAAAGAAGCAGAAGAAUUACAAAUGAAAAUUGACUGCUUAAAAAAGAGCUUCAAAGAGACUAAAGAAGAUCAAAAUAAUUCCGGAAAGAUUCAAGGAAAAAAUCAGAAAAGUCUUGAGAAGCCAGAAGUGUUUAAAGAAAGGGUGUUUGAACAGCGUGAACGCUCAUUUUUGCCAAAGGGGAAACAUCAGCUCUAUAAAACAUUGCAUGUCCCAUGCAUUCCUCGGAAAUUUGUCCAGUCUGUACCGAGUUUUAGAUUCUCAAAGCAAAGACCAGAAACAGGGAAAGAAGAAAAAGAGAAAUCUGUGGAACUUCCAGUGGCCACCAGCAGUUCCUCCAGGCUUGCAGAAAAUUUAUCACAGAUGGUUACUGACACUGAAGGGACUAAUCACCCACAAAUUGCCCAAGUUCCAUCAACAGUAAGCAUAAAGAACCAAGUGAAAUUCAGACUGUCAGGUCUUCCAAAGCAGUUGACUUCCAAUCAACAGUCUGAGAGUGGAAAUGCAGUAAUGGCAAGCCAGGAGGCCAAACAUGUUGCUGAAGAAGCAGAUGAGCACAUGGACUGUUCGUAUGUACCUCAAGAUGUGCACACAGCUUUUAAGCCAAAUGAAGAUAAUCCUGACAUAGAAGAAGAAAGUGCAGAAUCUUUCUUAAGAGCACCUAAAACACCUGACUUAAAAGGGAAAAAGCCACACUUCUUAAAAACACCUCUAUUUGACUCCAUUCAAAAUUUAGGUUGUGAAGAAAGAACAUCAAAAUCUCCUGCUUUCUUUUCUCACAUGAACUUCUCCCAGAAGUCACCUGGCUUUAAUUUAUUUGAUUCUUCUCUGUUUGGAGCACAAAAUUCAUCUGAUGAGACAGAGGAAAAUUAUUCUGUGGGAAACCUGAACCCUCUGUCCCCACAUGCAGAUAUUGGAAGCCUCUUUGGGAAACCAGAAAAUGAGGAUGCAUUUGCCUUUCCCUUCUCCACGGAAUCAACUUCUCAUGCAUUUGGAGAUGGAAAAGAUGAUGUUAGUUUUUCAUUUGCGUUUGGACAGGAUCAGAGAUCAUCACAGUCUCCUAUGAAAGGUUUUCAUUCUUCCACACAAAAUACAAAGCCAUUUACAUUCUUUUGAAUACCUUUGACUUCCUUUAAAUUAUUUCCUACUUAGCCUUGACAAAUGUUUCCAGUUUCUUGAGUUAAGGUACAAAGCAUUUCUUCUUCCUUUUCUUGUAAGGAUACAUUAUUGCAAUUGCUGCAAUGCAUGUUCAUCAACCGCAUGUUUUGAGGUUUUCUUACUUAUCUUUGAAAUGUGUUUGUUCAUAAACUGUUACUAUAUGCUCUUGCUAAAUUGGCACUCACAAACAGAAAUUCAUUUUAGGGUAGAGUGUUAAGUCAAUGUCUGUGAGAGCAUUCAGCUUCUGAUAAAAACUAAAUUACUUGUAUUAGUAAGAAUUACUGUUGUAGCAGUUAAAGCUGAAUUUGAAUUAAAGACAAUGUUCUUGAGUAUUCUGUGUAUAACAGCUGAUUCAUAAACUAUUUGAAAUAAACAUUUUUGUUAAUGUUA